GGGGCGCGGGCGGCGGGCGAGCCCCUCUCCCCGCGACGGCCUUGCCGCGCGGCCCCGUGCGCUGGGCGGCCCCGAGGCCGCGGCCGGGCGGCUGUUGAGCCGAGAGGGGGCAGCUGCGGAGUUCCGUAACCAUAGCAACCGCAUCAGCACCACCACGGCGGCGGCGAGGGCAGCAUCUUCUCGCUCCUCCUCCAGGCAGCCUCGCCGCGGGGACCGAGAGCCAGCUCGCGGCGCCCGACUCCGCGCUCGGUCCGCCCGCCGCUGCUGCAGGGGUGGGAGGCUGCAGAAGGCGAAAGCGGCGAGUGAGGGACCCAGGAGCCGCGGCUUGCAGAGGUGAGAGAGGGAAGCCCUCCUGCAGUGGGAGACAGGUAAUGAACCAAAAAGAUCAUGUCUGAAGUACAAGGAACGGUUGAGUUUUCUGUAGAGCUGCAUAAAUUUUAUAAUGUGGAUCUCUUUCAGAGAGGGUAUUACCAGAUCCGAGUGACCUUGAAGGUGUCCUCAAGAAUCCCCCACAGACUGAGCGCCUCCAUUGUUGGGCAGACAGACAGCAGCAGCCUGCAUUCAGCCUGCGUCCAUGAGAACACCGUGCACAGCCGGGUCUUUCAAAUCCUGUACAGGAAUGAAGAGGUGCCCAUAAAUGAUGCCAUGAUCCUCCGAGCUCAUUUGCUCUUAGAUGGUGAAAGGGUGGAAGAGGCCCUGAGUGAAGUCGAUUUUCAGCUCAAGGUGGACCUGCACUUCACGGACAGUGAGCAGCAGCUGAGAGACGUGGCGGGGGCUCCCGUGAUCAGCAGCCGCAUGCUCGGCCUGCACUUCCACCCCCGGAGAGGUCUGCACCACCAGGUCCCCGUCAUGUUUGACUACUUCCACCUGUCGGUGAUCUCAGUGACCAUCCACGCCGCCCUGGUGGCUCUGCAGCAGCCCCUGAUCAGUUUUACUCGCCCAGGAAGAGGCUCCUGGCUUGGGAAGGGCGGCCCAGAUGCAGGACCUGAGCAGUCUAGCCUUUCUCUGGAAAACCUGGUGUUUGGAGCGGGAUACUGCAAGCCGACCUCCUCAGAGGGGAGCUUCUACGUGCCGUCGGAGAACUGCAUGCAGCGGGCCUACAAGUGGCACCGGGAGCUGUGUGCCCUGCUCCUGCGCGCCCACCGCGGGCUCCGCGCCCAUUUCCUGAGCAUCAUGAUGGACAUCCCUGACGUGCCGCGCGUGGAGCUGGAGUCCCUUGCUGUUGAAGAAACACUCUCCCAGCUGUGCUCAGAGCUACAGAUGCUGAACAACCCAGAGAAGAUAGCUGAGCAGAUAAGUAAGGAUCUCGCCUGGCUCGCCUCCCACCUGAUGGCCCUGUGGACCCAGUUCCUAGAUGCAGUGACUCUGCACUCGCAAGUGACCAUGCAUCUCACUCGGGAGCAUCACACCUUGAGGGUCCGAAGGUUUUCAGAGGCCUUCUUUUACAUGGAGCACCAAAAACUCGCAGUGUUGACCUUUCAGGAAAAUCUGAUACAGAUGCACAGCCAGCUGUCUCUGGAUGUGCGGAACUCGGAGUAUCUCACCACUAUGCCCCCGCUGCCGGCAGAAUGCCUGGACAUCGACGGCGACUGGAACACCCUGCCUGUUAUCUUUGAGGACAGAUAUGUGGACUGCCCUGUGACAGGGCAUAAUUUGAGCAUCUACCCUAAUUUUGAUGUUCCAGCCACAAGUUCUGCAAUAAUGAAUCUAAAAGACAAGGAAAAGAACCAUAUCGUAAAUAGAAAAUCAACCUUUAGGGAAGACCUGGUCUUGCCCACCAUGGAACCAUCCCAAGUGGGCUCUGGUGAAGAAGUUACUAGGUGUCCAGAGCCAGAUGAGAAUGUAACCACACCAAAUCAUGUGGAUGUGUGCUCUGAAUCUCAGGUGUAUCUGACAAUUGGUGAAUUCCAGAGCAAAGCAGGUUUGCCUGGAGGAGAAUGUUGGACCGGCCCCAAAUCUGAUGUUGGAAGGCAUCCUCUGGCUGAGGAGGACUUGAUGAGAAGGAGUCCAGGCCCAGAGGAUGGCCAGGCGCCAGCACUGACCUAUAUUGACGUGAAAUCUAGCAAUAAGAACCCCUGUAGAGGUGAACACACAGUGGUCGUGAGUGCUCAGAAUAAGAGUGGACGCUCUCAAGAUAACUAUGAGUUAGACAGAACUGCGCUAAUAAGCAAAGGGGUAGCAGGCAGGAGUCAUCAAAGUGUCAUCUCUUCAGAGAAAACAGCACUCCAUGCAUUGAGUACUCUAGGAAAAGGAGUGGAUCGAGAGGGUAAGAUGGUGCUGCUAAGUCUUAAGCUCAUCCCCUCUGAACCCUGUGAGCCCCUGAACUCUACUUUGAGAGACCCCUUGGACAUUAGGGUUUCCCCAAAAGACCCUUGCACAGAGGGGCAGGAGGAAGCUUCAGUGCUGUGUGGGGUCAUUAAGAGAUCUUCCUCCAUCAUCUCCGAUUCAGGCAUUGAGAGCGAGCCAAGCUCCGUCGCCUGGUCUGAGGCCCGGAGCAGGGCCCUGGAGUUACCGAGUGACAGGGACGUCUUGCACCAGCUGGUCCGAAGACAUGCCUUACACAGGAACUCCCUAGAGGGUGGACGCACGGAGAGCAACACGAGUUUGCCAAGUGGGAUCCAGGCGUCUCUCACCUCCAUUAGCUCUUUGCCUUUUGAGGAGGAGGAGCGGGAAUUGGCUCUCACCAAACUGACCAAGUCUGUAUCUGCACCUCAAAUCAGUAGCCCGGAGGAGUCUGCUGAAGACACAGGCACCCUGCGGCAAGGAGGGGCUCUUGCUGAAGCUUCUGCUGUACAGAGCAAGGGCAGCACCCCCCCGGGACACUGCAUUCAGCUUGGUGGUGGCUCCAGAAUCCAGGACGCCAGGGCAGGCCACUCCCUCGAGGAGGCGGUUUCGGAUGCUGACAGCCAGCAGGGCCCUGGGUACAUAGACAUCCCCAAAGGGAAAGGGGAUCAGUUUGACUCUCAGGGACCCUGUUGUCUCGAUGGAAGGACUGAGACCCUUCCGGGUGUUGAAACCAAAGGUCUUCAUUUAAAAAUACCAUGUACCAUAGCCCUUGAAACCCCUGGGAAUGAAUUUCUCCCUAGCACACGAAUGGGGGCGCCAGAGGACAUGCCCAAAGACUUGAAUGAGGGGAAAGGGGCUCUUCCCAACAGCAGCACCUCGGAUGCUGAGAGGGCCGUCCCCCAUCAUCAGGUGCCUGAGCAGGGCUGCGCCUCAGCUGCUGCAGCCAUCGCCCGGGAUCCCGCAGACGAGCGCAGCGGCUCACCUUAUCUCCUUGACGGAGCAGCGUUUGGUGGGGGACCCAGCACCUUCCUGGAGGAUGGACGUACAGCAGACACUGUGUGCUCCAUUGUGACCCACUCUGCUCCCUCCCGGGCUUUGGGAAACCAAGAGCCGAGGGCAGGUCCUUCCAUCCUGGCGUCCCACCCGAGCCCGGCAGAGACCUUCCCUCUCGACAGCCUGAAAACCGUGGAGGUCGUCAACUUAUCUGUGUCUUGUACCGCCACAUGUCUCCCCUUCUCGUCUGUGCCCAAGGAGACCCCUGCCAGGGCUGGGUUCUCUUCCAGACAGACCCCAUUUCCCAUCACUCAUCAACCUUUGGGUUCCUUUGGAGUUGUUUCUACCCAUUCCAGCUCAUUGGAGGAAGAAGUCAGUGAGCAGAUGUACAGUUUCUAUCAGGCCAAAGAAAACUUUAAAAAAGAGCUGAAGAUUGAUGGAUUUCUGUACAGUGACUUAUCUGUACUAGCUUCUGAUAUACCGUAUUUUCCACCAGAGGAAGAGGAAGAAAAUUUGGAAGAUGGGAUUCACCUGGUAGUCUGUGUCCAUGGCCUGGACGGGAACAGCGCAGACCUCCGGCUGGUGAAGACUUUCAUCGAGCUGGGCCUCCCGGGAGGAAAGCUGGACUUCCUCAUGUCCGAGAAGAAUCAGAUGGACACGUUUGCAGAUUUCGAUACCAUGACUGACCGGCUCUUGGACGAAAUCAUCCAGCACAUUCAGCUCUAUAGCCUCUCUGUCUCCCGAAUCAGCUUCAUUGGCCAUUCUCUGGGCAACAUUAUCAUCCGCUCGGUCCUGACGCGGCCCCGCUUCCGGUAUUACCUCAGCAAGCUGCACACGUUCCUGUCUCUGUCCGGGCCUCACCUCGGGACCCUGUACAACAACAGUGCCCUGGUCAGUACAGGCUUGUGGCUUAUGCAGAAAUUAAAGAAAUCGGGGUCCCUUUUGCAGCUGACCUUCAGGGACAAUGCUGAUUUGCGCAAAUGUUUCCUCUACCAACUAAGCCAAAAAACAGGUCUGCAGUAUUUUAAAAACGUCGUGCUGGUCGCUUCUCCCCAAGACCGCUAUGUGCCAUUUCAUUCAGCCAGGAUCGAAAUGUGUAAAACUGCCCUCAAAGACAGACACACAGGGCCCGUUUACGCAGAAAUGAUCAACAACCUUCUCCGCCCUCUGGUGGAAGCCAAGGACUGCACUUUAAUCCGACACAACGUGUUCCACGCCUUGCCCAACACUGCCAACACCCUGAUUGGCCGAGCGGCUCACAUCGCUGUGCUGGACUCAGAGCUCUUCCUGGAGAAGUUCUUCUUGGUGGCAGGACUCAACUACUUCAAGUAGUGGCUUUGAGGGAGCUCACGGAAAGGUUUAAGACCGAUGAGACUUUAGCUGAGACAUCCUUGUGUAGACCUCUGCCAUUCUGGGUGGGGCUCAGAGAGGAAGGCGCUGAGGGCUGGAGCGGGGGGACGAGACAUCCAAGGUGCUUUCAUGUCAGAGAUUUGGAGAAGCUCAACUAACGGUGUAGAAAACAACAGACUGCCUAAACCUGCCUAGCUACUGGAGUCUCAUUCAAGAUGCUUGCUGGGAACAACACAUGAGAAAAAGAAACAGAAUGCUUGGCGUUGGUGAGCCCACCUUUUUAACCACCACUGGCUCACAGAUAGAAGGCUCCAAGUUUACUAGAUUUGUCCAGUAUGUUACUAGCUCAUAGCUUUAUCAUUUUUGAUUAACUUAAGUGCACACAAGCAUUUCAGAACUCAGGUUAACCUCUGUGCAGAAGCGGAACAUAUUUGUGUAAAUCUAACCUUAACAGGUUAAAAUGUGCCACUUGGUCGAGACAGUGUGAUGCCCACGCUCUCAUCCUCCCUCAUGUUUUCUCAACAAGGGGCAAAGGAAGCUUGAUGAAGCCCACUUGUAUUUCCUAGCAGCCGUGAGUUGGGUGGUUUAAGGUAUGGAGGGAUAAAGGUGAUGCUGUUGGCAAAAAGGCAUGUUCCUUGCCACCUGAAGUAACUAGAGGGAGCAGUUGACCACCUACUUCUUCAGAUAUUGUCUCCACACAUUAUUUUUGUGAUUGCUUAAAUCUCUGUCUUUAAUGGGGAAGACUGGUUUAGACUCAGCCUAGUGGAAGGGGGCACUGAGAUUAACGCACACACGUAUGACGCUCCUGCUGACGGACUUGCAAAGACAUGCUGUGGUAGCAUGUCUUCUACAUGCAACUGCAAAAAACCAAAACUAUUAACAUGGCCAGCUGCUUCUCCUCUCCAAGAAAGGAGAAAGACAUCUAAAUGGAGGGGUGCUGGAUUACAAACCUCAGGGGAGCUCUAAGAAGGGUGCUGGUUAUUUUUCAAUAGAAAUGUCUUCUUGCCUUAGGAAAACAAAGGGCUAGGAAAGGUCACUGUUGAUAAAAACAGGAGAUAACAGGGUCAGCAGUGAGAUCAGAGGAAAACAGUAUUCGGGUGGAGGACCCAACUUAAACUGUUAUGGGUAAUUGACAUAAGGGGAGUUUUGAAAACCACCAGGAUGCUUAAUAUGGUCCCAAAGUUUGAGAACACUAUGUGGGCUCCAGGAAGCCCAGAGAAUGGUUUAAAUCCUGAUUUACUGAAGGAAUGCAUGUGGGAUACGCUUCUUCUGGAGGCAAAAGCUCCUUCUUCUGCAAAAUUCCCUUCCAAAGUGUGAAGAUUCACCUGGGACCAGAUUCCUGGGCCCAGCACCUGGACCGAGACCUUAGGUCACCAAUCUCAUGGUCAAAACAAACCAACAAAAACCCACAAGUAAAUAGCUUAUCUGACAAUUUUAGUUUCUCACAUAUUAGCAGUAUGACUGCAAAGCAAAUGCGGACCAUGAGAAAUAAGUCCUGGUAGGCAGCUUUGCAGCACAGAGACUCGUGGAUUUCUUAAGAUAGAAGUGGGUGGAGUGUGUGCAAAGGCAGCCAGCCUUCAGCACACAACUUGAAGGGUUUAUCAGCAGGUCUUCUUUGAACUUUCAUUGUAUCCUAGUUUUAACCUGUCCAGGAGCAUUAAGUCCUCUGGUUGCUUUCCCCUGGGUAUGUUUCCGAGUUCCUGAUGGGCAUAGACUCUGGUUAUUGGUGAACUGGGCGGAUGGCUGUGUAAUCCAGGGGGAGUCUCGUUCCUGGGAUGCGGCCUGGGAUGGCUCCUGCUGGACCAGGGCCCGUGCUCAGUGCAGGAUCACACGUUUGUAAUGCUGCUGCUUUUUGGCCCAGUGGGGAGCCCUGCCCCUCUGAUGAGAGUAGUUCAUUGUGUGUUUCCAGUUCCCAUCAGCAAAGUAUGUCCUUUCCUGGUCACUCGAAAGACCGUGCAGCCAGCGGUUAUGGAACCAGGGUGAAUCUGAUGAUCUUUGUCUUUUCCAAUACCCAGAUGCCAUUUUUAACUUCAAUAUGCUGUCUGGACAUAGUGAGAACUAAUGGCAAUAAAUGUCCAGCUGCAUGGUGCACCCCUUUUUUACAGGGGUGCUCUGCUGUCUUUGUAAACCCUCUCUGGCCUCUGAGCAUCUAUUACAAUUGUGUAGAAGGUACAUCUCUAUUGUAAAUAAGAGUGUCAGGUGUUAUAUGUCAUGCCUCAUUUGAAAAGGCUUUUUUAUGUCUCUUUCUAUUUAAGUACAGAUAUCUAAUAUAUAUAUAUAUAUACACAUAAAUAUAUAUAUAAUGUAAAAUAGGGACAUUCUAUUAUUGAGUAUACAAAUUAUAAAUAACACGCCUGCCAAGAUAAUGGUCUAGUAUGUCUUCAUUCUCAGCAUAAUUCUUUUUUUUAUGAUUUGUUAAGUUUCUCAGAACUAGUCAGAAAUAAAAAUUACCAAUAUUGAGAUUAGUUGACAAUUGUUGUUGAUAGGCCAAAUAUAUCUGGAGAAGCAGAUAUGAAUCUAAAGGCGCUGUGGGGCCAAAUAAAUACCUCAGUGGUGGGUCGGAAGCAGCUGGAGUGCUGGGAAGAUGGGGAGAGAGCAGUCUCCUAUUAGUUUCUAGAAUCCACGCAGAUUUGCUGGCCAGCAUCCCCCUGUGCCAGGUAGGAGCACAGAGUUAAAACGCACAGUCCCUGCCCUCAAAGAACACAAGGACGAUCCAGGGGUGCUGUUACGUUGUGAUGUAAAGAGGGCUUUGAUGAGCCAGGGGCAGGUGCAGGGCCACCCUAGGGGUCCAGCCUUCAUUGCCUCAAGGCUGAGGAGGGAGUGUUAGCUUUGCACAGCCUGCCACCACCCAGUGUGUUUGUUCAUCAGUUCGUUCAUUCAUUCAUUCAACAAGUAAGUGUGGAGAGCCUUGUGUGUGCCAGGUUCAGUCGCUCACAGCCCAGCAAGGAAGAUAGCCAGUAAGUGGGAAGGUCACGUAGGUACCGUGGCAGUGGUGGGAUCUUGUGGGUGCUCAGAGGAGGGACAGGUGGCCUGCACUGGACGUGUGGGGCAGCACGUGGUCAGGGCAGUCAGAAAAGGCCUUGUGGAAGAUGGUGUCUAAGCCCGAUGCAAAGGCUGAGUGAGGCUGGCUGGGUGGGGGGCCAGGGUCCUCUAGUGCACUGGGGGGCAGACAAAGACCACAGUUGGGGGCAAGAGAGAAAAACAGGAGGGGUGAGAGGUCAGCCAACAGGUUGGGUUUCCUCUUCAUUUCAGAAGGAAAUCUCCACCGUUAACACCAGUGGGAACAUUUCCACUCACAGGGCCUCCAGGAUCGGUGCGUGGGGCAGGUCUGGCCCUCCUGUCUGUAAGAAGCCCAGGGCCAUAGAGCGUCACCACCACCCACUCCUGAAAUGUCCUUCUGGGGAGCAGGGUGGGCGUGGCUUUGAGGCUUUCCAUGGUGAAAGCCAGAGCGUCACAUCAAUGGCCAAGCAGAGGGGACAGAGGUUCAGUUAGAAUUGUUAUUAUUGUUAACUAUUUCUUUUUAUUUUUUCUGCACGGAAGUGAUCAAGUGCGAUUUCUGUGUUAGUAUUUGGGGUCAACACACUAACUCCUCUUGGAUCAAUGUCACUUUCACACAGGAAAGGAAUUUAUUUAAUCCUCAGUUUACAGCCUCAUGAGGUUGAGCUGACUUGCUCCAAACUACAGGCCUUCACUGAGUACAGAUACAUGCUGAUGGGCUGUCUUGAGCCCGGUACUGGUCCUCGAGCAAACACACACACACAAAGCAGCCUGUCCUGAUGGAGUGAAAUGGGAGGGGAGUGAGGCGAUCAGACAGCCACGGGGAUGGUGAGUGUGGGAAAGGCCAGGUUCAGAAAGAGCCGUGAGCGGCCCCUCCCCGACGUGGGAGAGAGCAGAUCGGGAAUGGCAGCGUGCGACUCAGGCUUUUCUGUGAAGGAUAAACACACUGAACAGUGCCAGGACCCACCAGAGCACUCAGCUGUAAGACGCUGACAGGUCUCCCAAGACCUGGCUAUCGAAUUGAAAGGCUGCCCUUAGGUAGUUGCAAGCCCCCCAGACACCUGCCGCUUCUCUUUUGCAGAGCUCUGCUUUGCCGUCGCAGAGUCUGCUUCUGAGCGUGAGCCCUGACCAAGGCUGCCACAGACAGUUGCCCAGGUUGUGUAACCGGUGUAGCGACAAACACAUAGAAGGGUUGUGCUUCCUCGCAAGGUCUCCAUCCAAUCCCCUUAGGAAGGGUGUCUGCUGUUGUUUGAUGGAUGGAGGCAAAGCUCCAUAUGCUAACAUCUGGGUUGGUUUGGUUUCUUUCCUAUUGUUUCAUUCACUUACUCUUACCCUGUUUUAUUGAGUAUCUGUUCUGUGCUGGGUACUGUACUAGACUAUGGGAAUAUUAACAUAAAUUAUAUACUCCUACAUACCAAAAUGAUCUAAACACUAAUAAUACUUAGUGUUUUAUUUUUAACUGUUAGUUUUUAAAUUAAAGUCAUGGCAUCUCAGAAUUGGAAGAGGAACAAUGGAUGUUUAAUCCAGAGUCUAUUGAUGUUAGCGUCCUGAGCUACGUUUCGCCAACCUCCUCUUGACCACAUGGGUCUCCAUCUACACGUGACCAGCAAGAGUGCAGGGUGCUGACAUUGUAGACGGCCAUACAUGCAUGCUUUUCCCGUGAAGGUAAAGAGCUGCCCCCAUGAAGAUUUUUCAUGGCUGCUUUAAUGUGCCUUCCCAAGUCUUUCUGUAUCCCGUCCUUUCUUCCUUUGUGUGUGUGAUGUGUGUGUGUGGUACUUUUUCUUUAUUUUGGCUUUAUUUUCUGUGGUACCAUAGCAUUGACACCUAAUGCUAGAGAGAUCUCAGCAGAAAGCACCACUGAAAAUUGAGGAAAAAAAUCCCGAACUCUUCCCAUGUCAUUUCAUGUUGAAUGGUAAUAAUGCACUUUACUUUUCAGUGCGCUGAGCUCUGCAAGCCAAUUUUUAUUUUAGGGCCCAGGGUCUCAGGGCCUUCGGUCACACAGAGGGAUGUCUAAUGACAUGGAACUGGAGUUCAAGACCAAAUGCCAACGCAUGGAUGUUGCUCAGUCACAUGCUUUGUUAAUCUCUAAAUCAGAUUGUUUCCUAUCCUUGAUCUUUUCACAGCCAAAUUACAAAGUAGAGAAUGUGUGUCUUCAUCUCACAGAUGUGCUUAUGAUAAUGUGGCUUUAAAACAGUCCUCCAAACCCAUCAUGUUAUGACUCUACAUAGACGCAGAGACUUUCAGAGGUGGAGCAGACCUGGACUGUGUCUCAUUUUUAAUAGACUGAAGGACUAACGGACUGGAAGUAACAUACAAUGCUCAGCUUUUGUUGAUAUGAUUUUGCAUAUAUUAUUUCAUUUAAUCUUUAAAACCCACACAGUACCUAAAUGGUGCUGGGAGGAGUCAGUAACUGACUGAGUCCAUACAGCUUAGCAACAGUGGAGUCAAGAUUUGAGCCCGGAGCCUCUAUUUUAUCUGUUACGCUGUGAUUUCUCCAGCCCAGACAAGUUAAUAAAUUGCAACAGUCACACAUCUUGUUAAAAUCAAUGCCAGGGUUCAAGUCUUCAUCUCCUAAGCCAUAACCUUAUAAGCUUUCUAUUAUAACGUAUUCCUGUGAGACACCUAUGUUACCAAUAACUCAGAUGGGAAGGGACCACAGAGGUGGUUUAUAAAGCGUGGCCAGUACUUAGAACUGGGUAACCGGCUCUCUUGUUCUGCUCUCAGCUGAUCCUCUGUGCAUCUCAAUCACUGUGUCUCAGGAUUUCUUCUACAAGCCCAAAGCCUCUUUCCCCUUUCUUUCCAUAGCUGCCCUAGACCAUGCUCCUCCAUCUACCAUCUCUUUCUGCUAUUCCCUUGCUGCCGUGAAGAUCGGAAUAUUCAUCCAGAAGGCAAUUCCCUGUACUAUAGUUUUUGAAACCGCACAAAGUGGUCCGUGGAUCAUAGAUUCCUGCUUCAGGAUGAGUCAGCUCCAUGACUUGCCAUCAGAGAUGUUUUUGUCUGUCCUUGUAGGCCUCCCGCCUGUGCACAUGUAUUCCUUGAGAACAGGAACCAUGUCUAAUGUAUCAGUGUGUCCCUGCUACCCCCCAAUUGCUUGGCACAGAUUUUGGGGUUCAGUAAGUAUUUGCUAGCAGGCCAGUUCUUUGAAAGCUUGUGUUUUCUUUGGUUUCUCAGCCCAUCUCUAGCAGCUGAUUCUAAUGCAGAAAGGGUUUGACGUUGGUUCAUGUUUCUGACUAGGCUUCUGAAUUUGCAAAGAGGAAAGUCGUUUCGUGAGCUUGGACACCAUGGUGGUAGUUUUCUGUAAAGUGUAAUGAAAUGUCACUACAUCUCAAGGCCACGCUUUCAAGCCAGUGGACCAAGAGUCAAAUUUCUUCAUCUGUCAAGUAGAUUUGAAAAUAAUCUAUUUUGAAAGGCAGUUGUGAGGGUGUGGAUAAGAAAGGAAAAGUAGUAGACUGUCUGGAACAGGGCCUAUGUAGGGUAGGCAUUUUAAAAUUUGGGGGCAUAGCUUAGGAAUAUUUUAUAGAAAGGUUUGGCUGUAGGGCAUUUUCUUUGUAAUAAAUUAAGUAAUUUUAUACAUGGCUUCUAAGUGAUUCAUGCAUGGUGGCUUAAAGAAGGUCCUCUUGUUUGAAACUUUAAGCCUUGGUUUCCAGCAUUCAGAACAUUCUGCUAUGAUUUCAGGACUCUUGAAGCUGGAGUUUUCCAGCUCAGUUCAGUGCAUGACUGGAUGGUCUAAGUAGUAAAAUGAUUUUGCUGCUCAGGGUACAGUUGUUAAGCUGAGUUGAAAGAAGGUGGAAACUUGACAUACAGCUGAGAACAACACUACAUCUGAUUUAAGGUGACUGGAAGUUUGAAGUCUGUAAACGUCACUCAGAAUCUCUCAAUUGCAUCAAACUGAAAAAACAUCUUGAAAUGCUCUUCAGCUAAUCCAAGGUUAAACUUACUGCAUAUGGUAAAAUACCCAGCUUCAUCCUUCUGGCUGUGAGGAAGUUUAAAAAUAAUACAGGUAUGUCUGACAACCUAUGCAUAUACUUUGCUUGUUUCCUUUUUUAACAUUUUCCUUUAAAGAGAGCACCUCACUUUGUCCCACAAAUUGUCUUCUCUGCAUGUAACUGAAUAUCAAAGUGAUUUUUCACUUCAGUAUAAUUUUCCCAUAAUUUACACUUGAGUGUAUUUCCUUUUAAACUGAUUUUUUGUCUCUGCCUGGUUCUGUGCUAAGCACUGGUGGCUACAGAAAUUAAUCAGAUGGGACCCUGCCAUUCAAAAGCGUAUCAUCUAGUGGGCGCAGCAGACACCCACAUAAAUAGAAGAAUGUUCACAUAGAAUAACCAAUCGAGAGAACAGGUGGGAAACAUUGAGAAUAUCAUUAUCUCAGCACUCCUUAAAACAAAUAACACUCUGGGUAUUGGGGUUUUGAUGUCCCUUUAGGGUCUAGGAGCAGAAAAAUAGUCCAGAUGAGAUGCCACUGUGAUCUCAGCCAGACCACUCAGGUAGGUCUUCAAAGCUUCAUUGGGGCUACCACCUCCCGAUCAGUGUCAGGUUAUGAAAUUCACAAAAGGAGAAGCUGAAUGGUGCAGAUUACAGGCCAACCCAUCAAGAAACACCACCUUCUGAGUGACAUAUAACCUGUCUGUAGUAGAAAGUCAGUGGAUCUCCGUGACUAAUAUUUCUAUUUCUUUCUAAACUAAUAGAUAAAAAAUAGAUUAUGAAACAAAUGAAGGCACCCUGUAGUGUCCAUAAUAAUUACCACACUCAGAUUUGACCAAGAGAACUAGUCUGUGGCUUGCUUAUGUUUAUUGAUCAUACAGUGGAAGGCUCUGGAAUCUAUUUUAUUUUAUUCUAGCUUAGUUGUCACAUGUGAGAGGUAGGGUCAUUGGUUAUGGUUCCUUCCUCUGAAAAAGACCUUGAAUGCAUAGCUUGAUGCCACUGUGAAUUCCUAAUGCUUGUUUAUUCUGGCGACCAUAACUAUAUACAAUAAUUACAGCCUCCCACACACCCUUGCAAAUCAUCUGUAAAACAAAAUGAUAACAAAAUCACUAGCGCCAAUAUAAUCGUCCUAUUUUUCUAUAUUUGCUCUCUAGUUGGCAUUUGUGUGGCUUGUAAUGUGUGUAAAAGACA